CUCCACCCAGAAGAGAGAGCAGAUGGAAAAUUGGAGCAAGCCCUCAUCUUGGGUCAGGGAAGAAAAGAUUCUUUUUUUCCCCUUCUCUCUAAAAAUAUGCUCAAGGCUUUUUUGAGCCUUGAUGCAAUAGAAACCAGCUGUGGCCCAGAACGUCCCCACAGCCUCUGCCCAGGGAAAAGAAAAACAGAAACAGCCGUCGGAGGCGGGAUCAAUGCCUGUGUUUGGGCGCCAGGCCCAGCCUCUAGCCACCUCUGGCCUGGAAUUGUGUCCCAAAGGGGCACCAAACAGUCCCUGUUUAUUCGUCCUGUUGUGGGCUCAGGGCCCCAGAAGUCACUUAGCCCUUCCUCUUUCAAUUCUUGGCGCAGAGGACGAGAAGAUGACAAGAAGUGGGCGUUUCUUAAACUCUGCACCCAGAAUGUCAUCGCUGGAGGGUUCGUUGGUGUCCAGCCUGAGCUCUGCUGGACAGAGGCGGAAGGGGGACUCCAGACUGGGGAAGGGACUGCCCACAUUCACCCAGCACUAUCAGCAGCCAGCAGUGUGGGGACCCGGGCACCCAGGCUCCAGGCUCUGGAGGAGGAUUUCCUGCUGUGGAUUUGUGGUUCUUGGAGCCCCGGGUGCUGGCCUCUGGCUACAGCUCUGUCCCCAGAGAGCUGCCUCUCCCAUCUGCAGCUUAGGCCCCUGCAAGCGUCCUGUGCUGGAAUCCGGGUGGAGGCGCCUGCUCUUUGCUCCUCGUUCCUGGAAGGAACUCCAAGUGGUGCCAAACGGGGCCCUCCUCUCAUCUUGUCUCAUUCCCUCCAGCAGCAGCUCUGUGAGGCUGGGUUUGUCACCCUCUUUUGUAGAAGACAAAACUGAGGCUGGAAAGGUGAAUCGACUUCUCCCAAGACCUGCAGCUGGUACUGAGCAGAGCUGGGAUGUGAGCCCUGUCUGUCUGCCCCUGGCUGCUCUGCCACGGGGGCCUCUCCUUCCUGCCGCACUCCUGCUCCCUCCAGCCAGACCUGAGCUCUGCCAGGGCAUCUUAUUCACUAUCGGAUCUCAGGGCCCCAGGCCGGGCAUGUAGUGGGAGCUUAGGAAAUGUUUUUUGGAAUGGAUGCCUGGCCUACCAUUGUGGGGCGGAAAAUCCAGGCUGGGCUGGUGGCUCCACCUCCUUGACCAGAAUCCUUUGCUGGCCGGAAGAGUUCACCAUAUUGGUGAACCUCAAUAUCAUGGCCUUUCACCGUCUUCCAGUUCCCACGUGGCAACCAAGGGAGGGAAUGUGGUCUCCCUCCCUGACGGCCAGUGCCCCCUGCCCCCCAACCACGGCCGGCCCCGCAAGGUGAAGGGCCCCAGGGCAGACACUUGGAGGUAAACAGAGGUGGCAGUCCGUAGUUGCCUCAGACCAGGGAGCCCAGAGGAAAGGCUGAGAGAGGGCCUGCCACAGCUGCCAAGAGUGGUUGGGGACCCCUGAAAAAUUAGAAGGGGCCCCGCAAGGUCAGACCAGCUAAAAGUCCUUAAGUGGUAAGCAUAUGUACAUUGCAGGCCUGCUGCUUCCUGGGCCAACUCUUCCAUGGCCCUGGGUGUCACCCAGUGUUUUCUGGAGCCUCUGAGUGGUGCCCGCUGCCUGGCAGCAGCCCCUGAAGGUAGGCACUUCCUGGCAUCAUGGCAGAUCUGCCAUCCUCUUGCCCUGGGCUUCUCACAGUCUUGCAACCCAGGUUCCCCAGCCAGCACGGAAUUCCCCUCUUUCUCUGCCUCUGAGUGCACCCCUCCUUUCUGCCCCGCUUGCUUUCCCGUCUUACCUUGCUUUUGGUCCUGAUAACCUCUCUAUCUUCCUCUGUAGUAUCUCUGAGACCCAUAGCAACCUGGCGUCCCAGAGAAAUAAUACUAAUAACAAUAACAACACCACCUAAGAUGUUUUCAGUACAUUCUAUAAGCGCUGUCAGUGCCAGCAGCUGUGCGAAAUGCUUUGCGAUCACUAUCCCCUUUAAUCCUCACAAUAAGCCUAAGAAGUAGCUAAUUAUGCAGAUUCCUGACAAAAAACCACAUGGCCCAGUUGAAGGAUGCAAUUCUGUGGGUGUCAUUGUGUGUUGGAAUUCCCUGGGGGGUAUCAGAUACUCCUGCUGCCUGUAUCCUACUCCCAGGGGUUGUGGUUUAAUGGCUCUGGGGAGUGGCCUGGGAUUGGGAAUUUUUAAAAGAUCCCAGAACAUUCUAAUAUGCACACAGGUUUGGGAACCACCAGUUUUCCUGAAGAGAGUUUAACGAAGGGACUUUAAAAAAGUUUUAUUGAGGUAUAAUUGGCACACAAUAAACUGCACAUAUUCAAAGCAUACAAUUUGAUGAGUUUUUAAAAACCAUCUUAACCAUUUUAAGUGUAUCAUUCCACAGUAUACUUUUAAGUAUAUUCAUAUAUAAGUAUGUUCAUAUUGUUUGAGGAUCUCCAGACCUUUUUCAUCCUGUAAAACCAAGACUGUACCCAUUAAACAACUCCCCGUUUCCCCUCCCCCAGCCCCUGGCAACCACCGUUCUGCUUCCUGUCUGUAUGACUUUGAUGACUGUAGGUACCUCGUAGAAAAGGAAUCACACAGGCCGGGCACAGUGACCACACCUGUAAUCCCAGCACUUUGGGAGCUCGAGGUAGGUGGAUCACCUGAGGUCAGGAGUUCGAGACCAGCCUGGCCAACAUGGCAAAACCCCGUCUCUACUAAAAAGACAAAAAAAAAAAAAUUUAGCCGGGCAUAGUGGCGCACGUCUAUAAUCCCAGCUACU